GAUGGCCUAUGUGGCGUUUUGAUUUUAUAAAUAAAAUUUUAGUUAAAAAAGAAAAGAGAAAAAAAGACACGUCUUAACUUCGGAAAAUAAUAACAAUAUAAUUAAUUUAAAAAAAAAAAUGAAGACAAUAAAAAUAAAAAUAACAUGUCUGCUAUGCGAAAACAUAACCAAGACCUUUCCCAAGUUCUUCAUUCUCGAAUUACGUAUCUGGGAUCCAUUCCUCCAAUUUAGGGUUUUUUCUUCUGCUCUUCUACUUUUCUCCUGGAAGUUCUAAUACAGCUAUCGGUUCCGUUUUUCCUUUAAAUUUCUAAUUUGAAUUCCACUUCUUCUUCGUCGAAAUCCUUUCAACCAGCUCGACAAUUGUUGCUGAAAUCUCUCUCGUCUGAUCUCAAAUGGCUGAACACUUGGCCUCAAUAUUUGGCACCGAGAAGGACCGUGUCAACUGCCCUUUCUAUUUCAAGAUCGGCGCUUGCCGACAUGGAGAUCGCUGCUCUCGCCUCCACAACCGCCCUACUAUUUCCCCCACUCUCCUCUUAUCCAACAUGUACCAGCGCCCCGACAUGAUCACCCCGGGCGUUGAUGCUCAGGGCCAGCCCAUAGAUCCCCGAAAGAUUCAGGAACACUUUGAAGAUUUCUACGAAGACAUUUACGAGGAACUUGGCAAGUUCGGUGAGAUCGAGAGCCUUAAUGUCUGCGAUAAUCUCGCCGACCACAUGAUUGGAAAUGUCUACGUUCAGUUUAGGGAAGAGGACCAGGCUGCCGCCGCACUCCAAGCGUUGCAAGGGCGGUUUUACUCAGGUCGACCCAUUAUCGCAGAUUUUUCUCCGGUAACUGAUUUCCGCGAAGCCACGUGCCGCCAGUACGAGGAGAAUAAUUGCAAUCGAGGGGGAUAUUGCAAUUUUAUGCACGUAAAGAUGAUUGGGAAGGAUUUGAGAAGGAAGCUAUUCGGUAGGUACCGGGGAUAUAGGCCCAGCCGGAGCAGGAGUAGAAGUUUGAGUCCGCGGAACCGGAAAGAGUACGAUAGGCGUGAGAGGGAUUACAGAGAACGUGAGUAUCGCGGAAAUGGACGGAGCAAGGAGCGUCAUGAUAGGGAUGGGGGAAGGAGAAGACAUGGUAGCCCCAGACGAAGCCGAAGCAGAAGCCCCGUCAUUGCGAGAGAAGGUAGCGAAGAGCGACGUGCCCGUAUUGAACAGUGGAACCGAGAAAGGGAGGAGAAGCAGUGACGUCUUCGUAUUUUUUUCUUUCUAUUUUGGGUUUUGUUGAAGUUCGAACGGAAGAGUUCAAAUUUUUGAUGAGGAAGCUUUAGUGUACAGGAGGAGUUAAAGGACACAAAUGUUGUUAGUCUCCGUUUAAUAGGCCUCCUAAAUUCUCAAUUUUUAUUCUUCAACUUUACUCGUGGAUUUAUUUUUUUCAACUAAAAUAUAUAUGUAUUUACUAGUUUAGUAUUGUUUUUAUGUCUCACGUUUGUAUUUUGAAGUUUGAACAUCUAAGGUGUUUUGGUUUGUCAUCAGAUCAGGCUUGCAAGGUCUAAGUGUGGUUGGCAUUAAUGUUCAAUUUCUCUUAAUAUUACUUUCUCGGAUGAGAGAGAAUUAAUUAUGUAUCUUACACUCUUAUUUUA